AGCCGGGGCGCGCGAGGGAGAGCAAAGCCGUUGAGGGGAAGGGGGGCGGCUGCUUCUAGGUCUCCCUCUCAGGAGCCCCCGCCGAACCCAACCUCGCAGCGACGCCCGUUUCACUCUCUGAGCCCUGCCCGCGGCCUCCGCGGGGCGCUCGGGACAAGAGGCAGCCGCGGCGCCCCGGAUGGAGCCGGAUGCCGACCCUCACCUCGCAAGGAAAAAUAAAGCCGGGCCUCACCUCCCUGUUCGCGGAGAGGAGGAAAGGAAGAGCGCCGUACGUCACCACGGUCUUGAACCCCGUGCGGAGUGACGCCAGCGCGUUCCGUGGGUGGGGCGUCGAGGCGCCGGGAGGCGAGAGCAAUCGUCUCCGAGCCCAAACGGCAGGAGGGAAGGGGAAGACCUGUGAAAGCAAUCGGCACAAACAGUUGAGAGCAUCAAGCUCAUUGCCAGAGGAACAGAAGGGACUCUUGCAAAAUGGACCUGAUUUGCAAGACUUUAUGUCUGGAGAACUUUCAGACAAAACAAAGUGGGCAGACUAUAAAGGCGAAUUAAAGCGUCAGAAAGGAGAAAGGCUGCGACUUCCUCCAUGGCUGAAAACGGAGAUUCCAAUUGGAAAAAAUUAUAACAAAUUGAAGAAUUCGUUGAGAAAUUUAAAUCUCCACACGGUGUGUGAGGAAGCACGAUGUCCAAACAUCGGAGAGUGCUGGGGAGGGGGCAAAUAUGCUACUGCUACAGCGACUAUAAUGCUGAUGGGGGACACUUGUACAAGAGGCUGUCUCUUUUGCUCAGUGAAGACAGCAAGAAGUCCCCCUCCAUUAGAUCCCGAAGAGCCAUAUAACACAGCGAAAGCAAUUGCUGAAUGGGGGCUGGAUUAUGUUGUAUUGACCUCUGUGGACAGAGAUGAUGUUUCAGAUGGUGGAGCAGCACACUUUGCAAAGACCGUAUCGCACUUAAAAGAAAGGAAUCCCAAAAUUCUCGUGGAAUGUUUAACUCCUGAUUUCAGAGGUGACCUGAAAGCGGUGGAGACAGUUGCUCUGUCAGGGCUCGAUGUCUAUGCUCACAAUGUGGAAACAGUUCCAGAAUUGCAGAGAAAAGUUCGGGAUCCUCGGGCUAACUUCGACCAGUCCCUCAGUGUUUUGAAGCACGCCAAGAAAGUUCAGCCUGAUGUAAUUUCCAAAACAUCCAUCAUGCUUGGUCUUGGUGAAACAGAUGAACAAAUAUACAACACAUUGAAAUUAUUACGUGAGGCUGACGUAGACUGUUUGACCUUGGGACAAUACAUGCAACCCACAAAGCGCCAUUUAAAGGUCGAAGAAUAUAUUACUCCUGAGAAAUUUAAACAUUGGGAAAACGUAGGAAAUGAUCUUGGGUUUCAUUACACUGCGAGUGGGCCUCUUGUGCGUUCCUCCUACAAAGCAGGCGAAUUUUUCUUGAAGAAUUUGGUACAGAAGAGGAAGAAGAAAGACAUCUGAAAUGUAAAAAGUUCACAGGGAGAACUCUGCAACUCUAAUGGAUUCCAGAUGGCAGCAUCACAAAUAAAGGAAGAACAUUCAAGAUGCUUUUGUUUAUUGUUGUUGCCCCUGCAAGCAUUUAAACUUAGCCAUGAAUUAUUCAGGUUGUUUCUGAACUGCUAUCUUCUACUGUAGUUUAAAAAAUGUUAAUAUGUAUUAUAUGGCUUACAGUGCAAUCCUAUACAUAUACAUUCAAAAUUAAGUUCCAAGGGAUUUGUUGGUCUUCUUUCUAAGUAAGUAGUAAAGAUCUGCCUUAGAAAACCUCUUGCUUUCUAACGUAUGGAGGAAUAACUGCACCAUGAGAUAUACCCAUUGGGAAAAUUAAGAGAGUUACGGUAGAUGCAUAUUUUAAAUAUCUUGCAGAUAAUACCAGUAAUAAACAGCUGAACACAG